GGAGAGUCAGACGACCGCAUCACAGCAGCGCUACGUGAUGCAAAGUCACAAAAAACAACCAAAAACUUGCAUACUUCAAGUAAAGUUUGAAAGGAAAGUCCGUCGUUGAGGUCGCUACGAUGGGACUCCCCACUUUGGAGUUCAGUGACUCUUUCCUGGACAGUCCGGACUUCAGAGAGCGCCUCAAAUGCCACGAAAUCGAGCUGGAGCGGACCAAUAAAUUCAUCAAAGACCUGAUCAAAGAUGGGAACAUGCUAAUCACUGCGCUCAAAAAUCUUUCUGCUGCCGUCCAGAAGUUCUCCCAGUCCCUGCAGGAGUUCCAGUUUGAGUGCAUUGGGGAUGCAGAGACGGAUGACGAGGUGAACAUUGCCCAGUCAUUCAAAGAGUUCUCCCAGCUGUUGACCACUGUUGAAGAGGAAAGAAGACGCUUGAUUCAGAAUGCUGAUGAUGUGUUGAUUACUCCCCUGGAAAAAUUUCGGAAGGAGCAAAUCGGCGCUGCGAAGGAGGGGAAGAAGAAAUUCGAUAAGGAGACGGAGAGAUACUACUCCACGCUUGAGAGACACCUCAACUUAUCGUCCAAAAAGAAGGAGGCAUAUCUGCAGGAGGCUGACACGCAGAUUGAUAAGGAGAGGCAACUCUUCUAUGAUGCGUCUCUUGAGUAUGUUUUCAAAAUACAAGAAGUGCAAGAAAAGAAGAAAUUUGAGUUUGUUGAGCCGCUCCUGGCCUUUCUUCAGGGUUUGUUUACAUUCUACCAUGAAGGAUACGAGCUGGCUCAGGAAUUUGAGCCGUACAAACAGCAGCUCCAGUUCAACCUACAGAACACCCGAAACAACUUUGUGAGCACUAAGCAGGAAGUGGAGAAGCUGAUGAAGAGGAUAAGGUCUGCAGAUCAGGACUAUAAACCCCCGGGCCGGUGGACGAUGGAAGGCUUCCUGUACGUCCAGGAGAAACGUCCUCUGGGAUGCACUUGGACGCGUCACUACUGCACAUACGAGAAAGGCAGCAAGACUUUCAGCAUGAGCAACACUGAAAGUAAAUCGGCCGCGAAACAGAACGGUCUUGUCCUGAACCAGCCGGAGAUGUUCAAGCUCAAGUCCUGCAUUCGGAGGAAAACGGACUCCAUCGACAAGCGUUUCUGCUUUGAUAUCGAAGUGGUGGAGAGAAAUGACAUCUAUCGUGGAACACUUUUCAGGCCGCUUCAGUUUUUCUGUAAAGUCCGGCAUGGCGUUAUGACACUGCAGGCACUCUCAGAGCCCAACAGAAGAUUGUGGCUGGAGGCCAUGGAUGGCAAGGAGCCGAUUUACAACCUGCCAGCCAUAUUAAGCAAAAAGGAAGAAACAUUUCUUAACGAGGCAGGCUUUAACUUCGUAAGGAAAUGCAUCGACCUGGUGGAGAUUCGAGGCAUAAAUACAAUGGGACUGUACAGAAUUGGAGGGGUCAACUCCAAAGUACAGAAGCUGAUGACCACAGUCUUUUCAUCCAAGGCACCUGUGGAUAUGGACCUGGAUCCAGAGACGUGGGACAACAAAACUAUUACCAGCGGCCUGAAGAAUUACCUCAGGUGUCUCUCUGAGCCUCUAAUGACCUUCAAGCUCCACAAAGAUUUUAUCAUGGCUGUCAAGUCAGAUGACCAGAACUACAGGGUGUGUGCUGUCCAUGCUUUGGUUCAUAAGCUGCCCGAGAGGAACAAGGAAAUGCUGGAGCUGCUUAUAAAACACCUAGUCACAGUUUCCACACAAAGCCAGUCCAACCUGAUGACGGUGUCCAACCUGGGUGUCAUCUUUGGGCCCACCCUGAUGCGCUCACAAGAGGAAACGGUGGCCGCCAUGAUGAACAUCAAGUUUCAGAACAUUGUGAUGGAAAUACUUAUCGAGAACUUCAGCAAGAUCUUCCACCAGCCUCCAGACCCCAACGUGCCCCUGCCCCAACCCCAGAGCCGGCCCGACUCUCGUAGGAGCAGGGCCAUCUGUCUGUCCACGGGGCCCAGGAAGCCCCGCAGCAUCUACACUCCAACACUGUGCCUGGCAGAUGCAGAAAGUGACACUUUCAGCAGCAGUCCAAGCAGCACCCCCAUGGGCAGCAUGGAGUCUUUGUCCUCCCACUCCUCUGAGCAGAAUAGCUCCUCCAAAACAGCCUGCUCUGCUCAGGUCAAGGACAAGUCGCUCCUGGACCUCCGCCGAACGCCGUCACAGCUCUCGAUCGGUCCCAGGAGCGCCGUGUGUGUCAGCAGCCCGGAGUCCAGCUCCAGGGAGGACGCGGGGCGCACAGAUGGAGAGUCAGAGGACGCCCUCAGCCUGUCCUCAGCGAGCACCGCGCCCAGGCUGUCUCCCGCCCCCAAAAAAGCCCCGCACUGCCGUAUUGACCUCAGGCCAGCACUGCUGAACUACUCAGCUGACCCCUCUCUGAAAUCACUGCAUAUAUCUGAAGGCCACAGGAGCUACUCUGGAUCUGUCCAAAGCCUGUCAACACUGGAGCCCAGCGGGAGUUUAAAGCCCUCGGAGCACCCAGACCUUCCACCAAAACGAGUGAACCGCUGCAGGACGGACGCCUCAGUCACCAACGGCUACCAAAGGCCCGGCUCAGUGGUCGCUGCCCGAGCAAUGCUUUUUGAAACGGCCUCUUCACCGCAGUCUGUUCCAGUCGGCCGAGAUGCUAAGGCAAUGUAUUCCUGCGAGGCCGAGCACAGCCACGAGCUCAGCUUCCCCCAGGGGGCGCACUUCUCAAACGUCUAUGCCUCUGUAGAACCCGGCUGGCUCCAAGCAACAUACGAGGGGAAAACAGGUUUAAUCCCUGAGAAUUACGUCGUCUUCCUCUAACAAGCUGGUAAA